AGCACAGCGGGUUUGGGGUAAUGGGUAUGGCAUGAUUCUGGUAAUACGUCUUCUCCUCGCACCGUGCUUCACAACCCACAACAUUGAUUGAUCGAUUCUUAUUCAAAUGCGGACUUGUCUCUGGUGACGCCAUCUCUGAAGCUUCCUCCCUCACACGGCACAUCUUCUCUACCGUUUUGCUCGGAGGCGUUAACUUCCUUCACAGAUCCCGCGUUCUUUUGUCCUGCUGAUCGAGAGCACUUGUUUCCCCUACCCACCCAUCUUCUUGUCUCUGGUUGUUUGUUUUGGAAAGGCGGGAGCGGAGGGAUUGAAAUAUCGAUCGCCUCGUGUGUUUGAUACGGACCCUGCGUUGAGAGUGGGACGUGUUGUUGUGGGUUUUUGGUUCGGGAGCGAUGGGGGAUACUAACCGAGCGAAAGGGAUGGAGUAUGAGAAGAAGGCGGAGAAGCGGUUGACUGGGUGGGGAUUGUUUGGAAGUACCCAUAAGUAUGAAGACGCCGCUGAUUUGUUCGAGAAGGCUGGAAAUGCGUACAAGCUUGCUAAAGCCUGGGACGAAGCGGCUAUCGUGUACACCAAGUUGGCGAACUGUCAGCUGAAGUUGGACAGCAAGCAUGAAGCAGCUGCAGCUUAUGUUGAUGCUGCAAAUGCCUACAAGAAGAAGCCAGACACCGACCAGUGUGUCAGGAUGAUGAACAUGGCUAUACAUAUGUUCGAAGAGAUUGGAAGAUUAUCAAUGGCAGCUAAGCAUUACAAGGACAUUGCGGAAAUUUAUGAGAAGGAGGAGAACUAUCUAAAAGCUAUAGAGUACUAUGAAAAAGCAGCUGAUCUUUACUCAGGAGAGAAUGUGGACAGUACUAGCAACCAAUGCAAGCUCAAGGUUGCACAGUACGCGGCUCAAAUGGAACAGUACGACAAAGCAAUCCAAAUCUAUGAGGAGGUGGCCAAGCAUUCUAUGAACAAUAACUUGUUGAAGUAUAGUGUAAAAGGAUACCUUUUGAAUGCUGGUCUCUGCCAGAUUUGUGGAAGUGAUGACGUUAAAGUCGAGAAUGCCAUACAAAAUUACCAGGAUUUGGACCCUACGUUCUUUGGCACGAGAGAAUGCAAGUUUUUGCAGGAUUUAGCUGCUGCAAUCGUUGAGGGGGACACUGAUAAAUUCACUGAUGUUGUGAAAGAAUUUGACAGCAUGAGCCGCCUGGAUCAAUGGAAAACCACGCUGCUGUUGCGAGCAAAGAAUGCUUUGAAGAAUAAAUCUCAGGAUGAAGAAGACCUUAUGUGAGAAGCUCAGGAAUUGGUGCUUCUUUACAGAUUAACUGUCGCGUAUUUUAGCUUACCUCAAAUGGAACAAACGUCACAUCCCGCAUGUAAAGAUAUCCCUUUGGUCCUUGGCCUUGCGUUUUCUAUUUUUAAAAGGUUCGUUGACCUUGUCAACGACCUUCUUCUAUUCCUUGUUAUCCUUGCACAUCUCCUGUAUGAUCUCUUGAGUCCUGCGUAAAUGACCUAUUCCUGGCGGAGCAUGUCAUGACGCCAUCGUACCUGGAAAGAUUGUUUUGCCACAAUCGUAGAGUGAAGUUUACUUUGAGACAUUUACGUGGUACUUUUGGCCAUUAGCAUUUGAGACUGAAUGCACAUUAGAAUCUAGGAAUUUGUGUGACGAUCCCACCGAUGCUGUUGGAUAAUUUUUUAAGAAAGGUCGGAGUUGAUAUCCCCUUUGUUUUUCAGUAACGACAGUUUUCCAAUAGCUGGCCUCAAUUUCUCAGUAUUGUACGCAGAAGUGAGAUCACUAUCUGUCAACAUGGUUUGUGUUUCUCAAAUACAACCAUUUCUUGUAAUCCAUUUACUGGAAUAAAGAUCACUGAUUGCGAA